AUGGAAGAGCUGGCGCCAGUAGAAAGUCAGGACCAGCUCCCAAGCCCCCACCAUGGCUCUCUGAGGAAGGCCAUGACAGCUGCCCUGGCCCUGGAUGGGGAAUCCACAAUAGGUCGCAGGAAAAAGAAGAGGAAGGAGUCCCGCCCAGAAUCUAUUAUCAUCUACAGGUCAGAGAGUGAGAGAGUGGAUGAGGAGCCUGGGGAAUCAGAAGGUGGAGACCAGCCUAGAGAGGAGGAAGGAGCGGACUUCCUAGACUAUCCUGCCGAUGAUGGUAUGUGGAACAUGCCUUUGGACAGCCGCUAUGUCACAUUAACUGGGACCAUCACACGAGGGAAGAAAAAGGGUCAGAUGGUGGACAUCCAUGUCACUUUGACAGAAAAGGAGCUGCAGGAAUUGACCAAGCCUAAAGAGUCAUUGAAAGAAGCAACACCUGAAGGCAGAAAGGUCUGCCAGAUGUCAGCAGACCGUGGGCCCCACGUGGCCCUCUGGACACUGGUCUGCCUGCCUGUGGAAGAAGUUGAAAGAACUGCUGUGAAGCAAACAAGACUGGUUGGGCAUGAUCUCCCACAGAGGGCCAGGGUCAUUUGUUUAACGUAUGGUGCUGAAUUCCACCUUCAGUAG